AUGAAUUUCUUGACAGUGAACUCCACCACGCCUGAAGCAUCCACCAAUUCCACAACUCAUUUCAGUGUGUUUAUAAGUGUACAAAUUUGUCUGUUUAGCAUCAAUAUCCUCUUUGGCCUUCCUACGCACUCCUAUAUUAUAUGGCUCAUCCUGACAGGAACAAGAAGUGGAAUUGCAUCAGGAUACUUCAACCUCAAUCUCUCUGUUUGUGAAAUUGUCAACUGUAUAAACUGCAUGAUUGAUAUAAUCAGAUUUUGGUUUCCAAAUCUCCCAAUGUCAACAAUGUUUUUAUAUGGACUAGGCAUCACUGGUCGUCCUCUGUUUCAGUGUCUGAUCUGUGUCGAGCGUUACCUGGCAGUGGUUCAUCCUGUAACCUUUCUGAACUUUAAACCUCUCAGAUACAGAGUGAUCUGUUCUACUGCUGUCUGGAUCAUUUGGUUUGGGUCAUGUUUGUGCAACAUGUUUAUUUUAGCCUCAAAAAACCUGUAUGCACAAACUUGGUUCUUGUUGAUGCAGAUCCUACCUAUUCUCUCCAUUCAGUUGUUUUGCCUUUCGGCUGUUCUCAGAGCUCUGAAGCAGUCAGGACCAGGAGAGAGAGGGAGAGAGAGAGAGGAGGAAAACCGCAUGAAGAGAAGAGCGUUUUAUCUCAUUCUGAUAACAACUGUGAACAUGGUUAUCAUAUAUGUCCCACUUAUUAUCAGUGGAUUGGUUUUACUUCUGACACCACAGUUUUUAUUGGCACCUCGGGCCACAUCUGUGAUUUGUUAUGUGCUGGCUGGUUUUGUGCAACCUGUUCUUUAUCUGCACCGGGCUGGAAAAUUCUCCUGCCUUUGUUCCUCGUAA